CGUCUUCCCAGCACGGAACAGGGACCCGACUUAUUUGGAAAUAGUUAAAUUCAGUGACUUUUUGCCCGGUUAAAGAGAGUUUAGUGGGAAGCUUUCUCUUUAAUGGGAAGCUCUCAAGUUUCUGUGACCCAUACGUCGAAUGUCUGUUAGUCGGGGCUUUUGGUGCGAUGUGUAAACACAGGUAUCACUUCUAAUUUUGGAAAUAGGUGACUGGUAGAAGAGAGGGAUCUGAUCCUGACUAUGUCGAGGAGAAAGCUGGAGAAUAAAAGCCUUUCUGGCUUGUUAGCCACAUCUUUGCAGACACAAAUCAAGACAGACAAUUUCCACAAUUUUUAUAUGCUUGAAUCAAAAGAGCUAGGAAGAGGAAGAUGUGCUGUGGUUAGAAAAUGUAUAGCUAAAUCCACAGGCCAAGAGUAUGCAGCUAAAUUUUUAAAGAAAAGAAGAAGAGGUCAGGACUGCAAAGCAGAGAUUCUUCAUGAAAUUGCUGUACUUGAAUUAAUGAAAUCUAAUCCUCGUAUAGUUAAUCUCCAUGAAGUCUAUGAAACAGCAAAUGAAAUCAUCUUAGUGUUGGAAUAUGCUGCUGGAGGAGAAAUAUUUGACUUGUGUGUCCCAGAUCUGGAUGACAGAAUUGGUGAAAGGGAUAUUGUAAGACUUAUAAGACAAAUACUUGAAGGACUCUGUUGCUUGCAUGAAAACAAUAUUGUUCAUCUUGAUUUAAAGCCUCAAAAUAUUUUGCUGAGCAGCAUCAGUCCUCUUGGUGAUGUAAAAAUUGUAGAUUUUGGUAUGUCUCGGAAGCUUGAGACUUCUAGUGAACUGCGACAGAUCAUGGGAACAACAGAAUAUCUAGCUCCAGAAAUCUUAAACUACGAUCCUAUUACCACAGCUACAGAUAUGUGGAACAUAGGUGUGAUUUCGUACAUGCUGCUGACACAAGAAUCUCCAUUUGUGGGAGCUGAUAAUCAAGAAACUUACCUUAAUAUAUCUCAAGUUAACGUGGAUUAUUCAGAAGAAACAUUUUCAUCGGUUUCACAGCCUGCCAAAGACUUCAUUCAAAAACUUCUCAUAAAAAAUCCCGAGGAAAGACCCACAGCAGAGGCCUGUUUGUCUCAUUUGUGGUUACAGCAAGGGGAGUUCAUACUCUUGUGUAGCCCUGAAGAAACCUAUUGCUCUUCUCUGAUGCCAGGACACACAACAAAAUGCUUGGAGGAACGGAAUGUAAAAUCCAGUUGUAAUGGUACCUGUAGUAAUAAGGAAGACAAAGAAAACAUUCCAGAGGACAGCAGUACAGUCUCCAAACGUUUUCGUUUUGAUGAUUCAUUGCAGUAUCCCCAAGACUUCAUGACAGACUUAGUAUGCUAAUGUGUAAUACAGACUUUUAUAAAAGGAAUUUAGCAUAAUCUAUUCCAGUGGUGAAUAUAAAAUGAUGGCUUGCCAAUUCUUGCGGCAUUGGCAUACUGGAAAUGCACUUUGAUUCUUUCAUGCCGGUGCUUCCUUUUCUAUCCAUUGCUGGCAAUGGAUUUAACUCCUGAAAAAUUGGGGUUGUUGCACCAAUAAAGUGAAUUAUUUUUUUUAAGAAGAUAUAAUUAAAUAUUUUUGCACUUCUCAAGUUUUAGUCCAAAAAUGAUGCCAGAAUGAACAAACUAAAACCUGAAAAUUAGUUUGUUUAAAUUCAAGCUUUGCCAAAGGGUGGUUGAAUACGUGCGCACUUUUAUGACUAGCCUUAAUAAGAAAUUGGUCUAAGCAGGGAAAGUGAAUCUAGCUGUCUUACUGGGCUGAUUUGUGACCAUUCUCAUAGCUUUAAAUGGAAGCUAAAGGUGGUAUGUUUUGGGAACAUGAUGUAUCUUUUGGGGCCAUUUGGAAAACUGCUUUCUCUGUAGGAUCAUUAGUAGUUAAGGAAGUGUUUCUGCCUUAUAGAUCUGAUCCGCUUGGGGAUUGUAAAGCAUACUCUGUUUUUUUUCCUGUGUUGUUGUGUCUCUGCAGUGCUUGAAUAGAAAAUGGGUAGAUUGUCAGUCCUUGUGCUAGUGGUCCUUUGUUCCUUAUCAGUAAGUCAUAUUUGAAGAGGGUGAAGGUCCUGUGCUGAUGUGAACAUUCAAUAAACUAGUUAGUUUGCUUUCAUAAAACCUCUGGAAUAGUAUCAUCUACCUGUGACCCAUUCUUCAAAAAAACAACAAAUGAACAAAAAAACCCAAAACACCAACACCACCCCAACCAACCAAAAAAACCCAGAACAAACAAACAAAACAAAAAAAAAAAACAAACCCAAAAUGAAAGCCUCUCUGGAGUUAAAAGUAGUAACUGAAUAAACUGAAAAUAACUGGGUUUGCCAGCAAAGCUGCAAUUAAAAGCUCUUCAUUAUGGCCCUCUAAUGCAGAAGUGCAGUGCAUCUUUCUGUCAGUUACUGUUAUCCAUAAUAACUUAGCUUCGUGCCCGCUCUGAGAAAUGGACUGCAGUGUGUUAGUAUUUAAAGACAAACUACUUAAUUGUUUUAAGCCUUUAAAUUUGGUUUGUUCAGUGGGUUUGUUAUUUAAGUUAUUUGCCUUCUACUUCCUGUUUUUAGGCUCUGAGGAAGUAAUGCCUAUGUCAAGUUUUGACUUAAAGCAAAUACCAAUCAUACCUUAACAGCCUGAAGCUAGUACUGACAAGAUAAAAUCCUAAUCAUAACACUGAGGCUAGAAGUCUUUUAGGGAAUGUAUUAAAACUUAUAUAAAUAUUCUGAAAGUAAAUGGCACUUUAAAAUACUUCUGGGAUUUUUCACUCCUCAGAGCUUAGACUUAAUUGUCUUUGAUUUGCAUUUGGUUUGUUUUGUAUAAUGUAACACCACAAUCUGAUGAUCUUUUUCCAGUGUUCCUGUGGACUUGUCAAUAGUUAGGCAGACUGAGGUUUUGGAACAACAUAUGACUGAGAGGUGAACAUGAGUGGUAAAAAGUUGUAUUUUAUCUUUUUUUCACACAAGAAAGGAACAGGGUUUUUUACAAAUAGAUUACAAUAUAAGGUAUCACCAUAAUGCAUGGGGGAAUUCAGGACCGUUGUCUUUAUUUUGGGUGACACUUAUGUUGAUAAGUGAAAUGUCAACUGAGGUGUAAGGCAUGUAAGACUAUCUUUCAGUUUGUGUUUGUCAGAAAGUGAAAAUUUUCCAAGACUUAAUCUCAUGUGAAAUGAAGUAAUGGAUAUAUUCAGCACAUACGAAGCUCAGAUGCCUAGGUAUAAAUGAACCACACUGAGUCUCCUUUGUGUAUUAAUUCUCAUAUAACUUUUUUCAGUGAUACUGGUAAUAUAUAUAAUUAUAAUAUUACUUUGCUAAAGGCAAUUGUUGGAUUGUGUUCAGGUAACUUACAGUACCCUUACUUCUCAAAGUCCUUGGCUUUUCCCAGUUGGAGUCUUAUCUAACCUUUUGUUUUUUCCACCAGCAUGGAGUCUAAUUUGAACUGUUGAAUUAAAAAUACAAACUAUUUUAUGCAUACUCAGAAGUUAAAGUUCACUUAAGGUAAAGAAGAAAAUGUCAUAAAACUGCAACAGAUAAAGGUAGAAAAGAAUGUUUAUAAAAUUGUUACAUUUUAAAAUUCUGCAAAAUUAUUAUUGAACUGAAAUUACAGCUGGGAAACUUGUGGAAGUCUUUGUACAUCAGUAUUCUGUUUUUAUCAUCUGGAAAAUAAAGCUGAAAGCGUUUGCCAGCACUUUAUGAUAAAAUUGUUAUUUCAUAAGAUUUUUAUCAUGAUAUCUGAUGUUUACAUUUCUUCUUUUGGAGCUAACUUAUCUUUAAAUAAAUGAAAAUUGGUCUUAUUCAAGGAAGUUAAAUUUUGAAGACUUUUGUACUUUAUAAAAUAUACCUUGAAUCAGAUUUUAUUUGGAUCAGUGCAUUUGAUUUAUUUAAAAUUAUUACUGUGCAUGUGUAACUUCAAUUGAAUGUAAAUACAUACAUUGUAGACAACUGUUAGCCUGUCUUACUUCCUGUCAUAUUACUGGGAACUACCAAGUGUAAAUGAGUGAUGAGUAACAUUUUAAGAUGACCGAAGUCAUAUUUCUAUGCAGUUCAUUACCUUUUUAUAUAUUAAAAAAAAAUAAACUUUGCCUUUUCUCAAAA